AUGGAGGACCUUUAUGAUGUCUGUGACCCCUUCGCCCCCAGCUUGCCCAUCCCUUCACCCCCACUCCCAUCACGCCAGACGCUGGCAGGCGACAGGGCCAGUGCGCAGCAAGGCUCCGGGGAAGCGCACCCUCCAGGUUCCAGCCGCCUGCGCGGCAGCCUCGCGGUCCCAAACGGGCUCCAGCCCCGGGCAGCGGCCUGCGGGGGUCGUGCUGGCGGAAUGCUGCAGCUGCUGUUGUCCCAGGUGCGGCUCGACAACUGCCUGGAGCUGUACCGCCUGGCGCAGGUGUACGGCCUGGCCGACCUGCAGGAGGCCUGCGUGCGCUUCAUGGGCACCCAUUUCCACGAGGUGCUGCGCAUGCCCCACUUCCACCUCCUGGGCUCUCCGCCCCCAACACCGGGGGGUGUCAGCCUCCAGCAGAGGCUCAGGGAGGUCCGGAUGACUGGCACUCCGGUCCUCGUGGCCUUAGGGGACUUCUUGGGGGGGCCCCUGGCCCCGCAUCCUUACCAGGGUGAGCCCCAGUCCAUGCUCAGGUAUGAGGAGACGACGGAACGUUGGUUCCCGCUGGCCAACAACCUUCCGCCAGACCUGGUGAAUGUCAGGGGCUAUGGCUCCGCCAUCCUGGACAACUACCUUUUCAUCGUGGGCGGCUACCGGAUCACCAGCCAGGAGAUCUCCGCUGCGCAUUCCUACAACCCCUGCACUAACGGGUGGCUGCAGGUGGCAUCCAUGAACCAGAAGAGGUCCAACUUCAAGCUUGUGGCUGUUAACUCAAAGCUGUAUGCCAUCGGUGGGCAGGCCGUGUCCAACAUGGAGUGUUACAGCCCAGAGCAGGACUCGUGGAAUUUUGUGGCGCCCUUACCGAGCCCUCUGGCUGAGUUCUCCGCGUGCGAGUGUAAGGGGAACAUUUACGUCAUUGGCGGAUAUACCACCAGAGACCGGAACAUGAGCAUUUUGCAGUACUGCCCCUCGUCCGACACCUGGACCCUCUUCGAGACGUGCGACGUCCACAUGCGCAAGCAGCAGAUGGUGUCGGUGGAGGAGACCAUCUACAUCGUCGGGGGGUGCCUCCACGAACUGGGGCCCCCCCGCAGGAGCAGCCAGAGCGAGGACAUGCUCACCGUGCAGUCCUACAACACCGACACCCGGCAGUGGUUCUGCCUUAAGGAGAACACGUCCAAGUCGGGGCUCAACCUGACGUGCGCGCUGCACAACGACGGCAUCUACAUCAUGAGCAGGGACGUGACCUUGUCCACCACGCUGGAGCACCGCGUCUUCCUCAAGUACAACAUCUUUUCCGAUAGCUGGGAGGCCUUUCGGCGGUUCCCAGCCUUCGGACACAACUUGCUGGUUUCCUCUCUCUAUCUGCCCAAUCAAACAGAGACAUGACUGAGCUGAUGCAGACGGUGUUGUUAGGAAAGCUGGUGCCAAACCAUAAGAGAUCGAGAACCGCCCCUCUGCCCCUCUGCGAGAGAGACCGAUUUCUAAAGCGGAGGGCACGCGCAGAGCGGCUGCGAACACGCGCACCUGGACCUAGUUACUUGAAAACUCCUGAAGCAAAAAGACCAACUUUAUUAUUUUUUUAACGAUUAUUUUUUAAGUUACAUGAGCAAUCCACGAUGAUGUAUUCAUCCAUGUACGAUAGAUACCCUUGGGCCUGAUCCUCAGAGAGUAGCUUCAUUAGCUCUGAUCUGUGAAGGGCCAAGUCAGAACUUGGCAAGAGUGGGGAUGACUGUUUAAAAAGUGGUUUUAUUUAGGUCCCUUAACGUAGCAUGAGUACCUUAAGUAAGAGUUUGGUUUUUGAUCAGUUUACUCGACACUUUUACGUUCACGGCCGUCGCCCCCUCCUCACCCAGUCACAGCCGCACGUCGUCCUGCUGGUGAAAAGGAGGCCCGAUGGUCGGAGUUGAUUUGCACACUGCUUUCAGAAGUGGACCAUGAGGCAGCUCGACGCCGAAUCCUUGCAUGCACCUGAAACUCACCUAAAAACAUUCCCUAGCUAUUUUUUCUAGUCUUUUUGUUUGUUUCUUUUUUUUUUUUAUAGUUGUGAAUGCUAGGUAAUAGUCUGAUAGGAAUUUUCAUUUCAGUUCGGUGGCAGAUUGCUGCCUGUCAGAUACGUUGCAUUGCUUUGUCAUUCCAUAUUUUGAAAUGAGACAUCUUGUCUACAAGGAUACACAUACAUACUUUGAGCUACAGUCUUAAAUUUAAAUAAGGAAGGACACCAAAUGACAAAAAUAUCUUGUUGCCUUUAGGAAUGAACAUUUAGUGGAUGUGUUUGAGUUAGUUUUUAUUUCAAGGCUGAAAACUUUAUCAUAUUUUAAUCAAGCAGCUUUUUAAAUGUCAUCGUGGCCUCUCAUGCUUUGCUUGGCUUGUGUGGUGCAAGGCGAGACCAGCUGGAAAGCACUUGUGCCGGCGAGCAGGGAGCAGCCGCUCCAGAAGAGGAAUGGUCUCUGGUGGUAUUUCUGAAGUUCGGUAAGGGGCGAAGUUGUUGCCUUGACCGCUGAACCAAACAGAACCCACCCCAAGCAGUUGUUUGUUGAUUUCAGUAAGUCCGUUAGCAAUACAUGAAGACUUAUGCCAGCCAGAGGGCAGCGUUCCAUAUAUAUGUGUGUAUGUAUACGUAUUGAUGGAACUUUUCUUUGAUUCAAAAACAUCUGAAAUUUUCUAAUCUUUUGUAAGGAUUUGUAAGGGACUUGAUUAAUUGGAUGGUUAAUCAGAAUUGGUUAAGUUAAUAACAGCAGGCAGAACCAUUCCCUUUACAGUGUGCCUUGCAUCCAUGCAUGUCACAUACACACACACACACACACACACACACACACACUUUGCUGAGUGCUUCCAUGCCAUGCACGGUGCAGAUGGAUUUCAGGGGAAUUCUUCAUUUUAGCACAGGAGUCAUGACAAGGUUUCUUUACCGCCUUGCCUCCUGGUGUGCUUACAAUGCUGUGUGCCAUUGAGUGGAUUCGAGUGACUCCAGGACAUUUUAGAACUGCCCCCACGGGGUUUCCAAGGCUGAAUCUUGAUGGACGCAGGCCGCCUCAUCUUUUUUUCCAUGGA